AUGGCAGCCGGACCGCCCGAAACAAGUCAGCAAAAUGCACCGCCGAAGCAGGACCAAAAAGUGGUCGGCCCUGACAUCUAUGGCGCCAAAGAAACUUAUCAGCUCAUUCGGUCGCUGCAAGCCGCGCUGUUCGGAGGCGUUUAUGAAGCGAAAGGUGCGUACUGAUUGACAAUUUAUGAUGAAUGAUGAAGUGCUGUCAGGUCUACUGACUGUCACUGUUUUGCACAGAUGAAUACAAGAUGAAGAUCAAUAUGCUAAAACCAUGUGCAACCGACCCAUGAUAUCAAAGCAGGUUGCACAACUGGCCGCUCCUUUGCCGUCAAGGUCCUGCACAAAAGCGAGCUCAGCAAGUCGCCACCCAGUUUGGACUUCUGCGAGGUGCCGCUGUCAGAAAUACGCUUUGAAAAGCAGAUGCGCGGGCACGAGCACAUCGUUGAGGUGAGUAUUGAAGUUACUUAUGUAUGUAAGUGUACUUGUUUUGCACUUGCAUCACCAUUAGCACGAUGGAUAAUAACGACCACGACCUGGGCAGUCAAUAGAACCCGGGCCUGCGAAGAUACUCAAAACUGAAAAGCGCACCUUCAAAUGGAAAUUUAGGUCCACGAGGCCUUCGAGGACGAGUAUUGUCAUUACAUUGUGUUCGAGCUAGCUGCAAAAGGAGAUUUGCUGGAAGCGCUGAAGACCAAGCCCGAUGGUUUCCCAGAGCAACAAUGCCGGUAGGAGGUGGAUAUUGAUAUUGAUAUCAUAUUAAUGUUCCAUCGAUGUUCAUGUUGCACACAAUCGAAUUCGCUAGUGGCGAACGACGGAAAACUGGAAUCAUCAUCAUGUGAUUUCUUGGACAAAAAGGAAACACCGUGAUGUAACACCUUCCUCCCAAGGUUUCUGAUGCGGCAGGCUGCAUUGGGCCUUGCGGCGCUGCACGACCAGAAAAUGGCCAUGCAGGACGUUUCGCUGGAGAACUUGCUCAUCUUUGUGUACGGUGACACGGUCCGCAUAAAGAUUUGCGACCCCGGACAAGCGGUGGAAUUUGCGCUUGACGAAAAGACACAGGAGGAAAAAACUGUACCCUACAAGGGCUUGGUCGGCAAAAGCUUCCGGCCGCCGGAACUGUCGGAGAAAAGACCCUAUCUCGCGACGAAAGUGGAUUCCUGGUGCCUAGGCUGGAGUACAAGAAGAUUCCUCUUGUUUAUUGGACUGCUGUUUCCAUAAGAAUUUCGAUUUCCGUUUUAUCUACUUUGAUGGCAUCUACUCAUCUAGUAGGGAGUCUUUCGUCGAUAGAUGACGAAGUAAUUGAACAAUACAGAACUGUGCGAAAUAAAAUCAGGUACUUUCUACCUCCUCUCCGCUUUGCCCCUGUUCCUCUCGGCCGACAGCGCCCAGCGCGACCAGGAGUACUGGCAGUAUUUUCGCCGGGGCGAUCUGGAGGGUUUGUUUCGGCGGAAGAUAUCCGCUGCAAAAGUAUCGUACUAGUAUAAAUUGCAUAUACAAAUUUUCCCAAAAACAAAAAUGCAAUUUGUCAUGCUAUUUCAGGUAGAGAGUUGGAUUUGUUAUGCAUAUCUGCAAUCAGUACGAGUGCGAUACUUUUGCACAGGAUAGAAGAACCAGAUUGACCAAAAGCUGUCGCCGAUGUGCCUCGACUUUAUCGUGCAACUGAUGAAGAUCGAGCCCAGCAAACGCAUCUCCGUGCACGACUCCUUGAAGCACCCCUGGCUCGCGGGGGAGGCUGUGCCGAGACAACUGACGGUGUCGGAAUUGGACACGAUUGAGCGGAAGCAGGCAAACUACCCCCGGGUCCGAAACGCGGAUCACUUAGACGCGUUUCAAACCAGCAGCUCCGCAGGGCAUUUUCUGUUCCGCCCGGAAAUACGGAAAGCGAACAUGCUUCGCGGCGCCGGAGGCGCGAGCCAAUCUACAACCGGCGCCGCAGCGGCAACCACCGCCGGCGGCUCGAGCUCGAGCAGCAUGUAUAGUCAGUACUUAUUUAUUGUGGUGCUGCUGGUGAGAAAUCAAAAUGUUGAGGACGCUGCCCAGGGCCGAGCUAUCAUCCCUAUUAACAACGCUUGAGUUUGUAAAAUGACCAUAGUAUUAGUACCUCCGAGUUGUAAUAAGGAUGCAUUGUCACACCAGGUUUCGCACGCGCUCGCCGAUGCCACAAGUGAUUCCGUCCCCGAGGUUUCAGAGUCCAUUUGGACAGCGACUCCGCUCGCCCUCUCCUUUACCGUCGAACUGGGCAAAACGGUGAGAGAACACUUCAGCGAUAUUCAUUGUUAAUUGUAGCCAGCAAGCAACGUAUCCAGAACUUGAGCUUCUUCUUCGGUUCUCGGUGCUCUUUUAAGAUGAACUAGAUGAACUACCUUAGGGCGCGUGGAAUAGCAAAAAUCCUAGAUCGAUGCCCUGGAGUAGCAGGAGUUCGAGUUGUAGAAGAAAACUAUCCACUCAGCUCCUUCUCCCCGAUGCCGACUUUGGGCUUUAUCUCGCCCGCCGCACCGCCCCCGGCGCAGUUUGGAAACUACAAAGCCUGUAUGUCGGCCGUGAAGAGUAGAGAGCCCGCUUCGAUCGGAAAGACGCAAUUGCUGCACCAGGACCAGCCAGAGCGAAAAUCACUAGGAGCUCCUACCGGUCUGGGAUCUACGGUAGAAAAACUCGAGUUAAUAAAUACGGUUACUUCAGAUUUUUAUGGUUCUAGCACAUAAUUCCGUACAAGUACAAUAUAAGUAACGGUGGACCUUCGUUCCCUUGCAUACUAAGGUCAUUGAGAUCACAAACAGAAGCAACGACCAUAUCGUGAAGAUGAUUUGGACUUCUACGUCUGAUCCACAAUUCAUUCAAUUUCUAAUCCUGCUUAUUUUUAAGGCUUACAGAAAUUAGUUCCUACCCUUGUUCCCGAAAGCUUAGGUUUGAAAAAAAUGGAAACAAACCGCGAGGGGGGUUUAGCUUGCAAACUCUCGCAGUCGCUUGGAAUGGCCGAAGGCCAUGAAAAAUGUGGCUGGGAAGCAGCCAGCGCGCGAGCUUGGGGGAGAAUGGGCAGCCGUCUUCGGCGGGGCUGCCGCGCUUCUCCUGCCGGGCUGCCAGGAGUGGGCCUUGCGCUCCUGCUCGUUGAAAGCGAGUUGCUUUGAAGUGCCCUGCUAUUGGAAGCGAAUUACUUGCAAUGCCUUGGCAUAGUAAGUAUUUUGUUUGUUGUGCUAGUAUAUUGCAAGCAAUUCGUGUUCAGCGCCAGGUCUUUAAAAGCAACGCGCCUUCAAUAUAAGGGGUCGCCCAGCAGCUGCCACACUCUAGCCUUUCGGAAAUGCGUUCCCAAGGUUUGCCGGAAAUCCUGGGAGCACAUUUCGGCAAGGCCCCCACGUCGGAUUUGUGCUCUGGCCGGCGACAGGUCUGAAGACCUCGCGCAAAAUCAUCCGACGUCGGGGAGAUAAAGAAGUGCGCCCCUAGGAUUUUCGCCGCUUCGAGACCUGGGAUCAUAGUUCUGCAAAGCCCCCGCCUAAGAUGAUGCUGUGCGGGUUUUUCUGUGUUUCAAGGUCAGAGCACAAACUCGGAUAGCACUCUCGUGCCCUGGCCUGCAGAAGUGUGCCCUGGACUUCUACGUCUGAUCCACAAUUGAUUCAAUUUCUAAUCCUGCUUAUUUACUAGGCUCCGCGCGGAGCAGGAGGGUCCGGGGCCGCGGUCGACGCACCAACCUUCACGUCUACCAGCGUUCGGGUGCCCACCCGGGGGAACUCCGGCCUACAAGGCACGACGUCCAGUACGAGUGCGACAACUGUUGUCGCUCCACCCAACCAUUCCGCAACGACAACUCAGGGUGGAAUCAAGAAGAGCAUGCACGACAAAAGCCCGGCCGAGCGGCUCCCGAGCACCCGGAGCGGCCUCUUGCAGGUGGAACCCGCGCCACCCUUGUCGCAAUCGCAAAUACAGUCACAAGGACCACCUGCUCCGGGUCAGACCUUUAGUACCAGUACGGCCGGUGGGGCAGCUGGGGACCACACUAUGUCAAUGGUACAACUGUCGCACCAGCAACCCGCUUCGGUCCCUGUGCGGGCGCCGGCGCCUGCGGCUUCGCAACAAAACGUUGUUGCCGCGGGUCGGGAAAUCAAUAAUGCCAACGAUGCGUCAGCUGCUCAACUUCUGGGAGCUGCGGCUGCAGGUGGGGUGGCAAACAACAAGCCGCAACAAGUGUCCUCUUCACCCAGCGGAAUGGAUGUGACGCAACUAAUCAUUGAAGAUAAAGUUACCGGGAAGGCCCAGUACCAUCAUCAAUCUCAAUCUUCGUCUGGCGGUGGCGCUGGCGCGACCACAGGCUCCAGCACCGCGAAAAUAACAGCAGCACCAAAUCAUGGGUCCGGCUCCGCUUCUAGUAGUAGCAGCUCUAGCAGUGCAGCCCACAACAUCAACACGGUAGGAGAGAAGUAUACAGAGACGUCGGCGAACCAGCAUCUGCAGCGGGGGAGCAACAUCAAAGCCGCGGAGCCAGGACCACCUAGUUCUACCGCAGCGGCCGCUGCCGGCUUCUGGUCCGGUACUAGCACGGCCUCGUCGUCGCGCUCUGGUACGGGAGGGAUGCAGCAGGCAGGAGCUGGAGGAGGCACUACUAGUUCUGGGGCAGCUCCUCUUACGAACUCGAACACCAGCCAGAUAAGGAGUCUCUCGUCUCAGCAGCGUCGUCCGUUCUCCAUGCAGUCAGUGGCGACCACCUUAGGGCAGCCAGCGUUGCUGUCAGGCGGAGGGAUCAGCACGAUGAAUGCAGCACAAACAUCCGGUAGUAGUACAGGAGGGCCGAACUAUGCGACCCGGGGCCGAGCGGUAAACUCCGGCUUCCAGAUCCGCGCUCCGUCGUUGUCCAGGACCCGAUCCUAUCAAAUGUAAAAAUGUUGUCUGGGUCUGGAAAGUUGUGAUGCUAAAAUGUGCAAGAUGAAAACAGUUCCGAAUGCAAUCUAGCAUGACAACUUUCCAGAACGCUUUCUCUCAUAAGCAAUCUGCAUGAGAGACUGCAUGUUUGCAUUGACAAAAGAUGCUGCGCCUUUUGUUGGUUGCGCAAUACAUAUUUCCUAGGUAUGGAAAGCUAGCAUUACAAGUUCCAACCUUCCAGACCCAGACAUAUUUGCAAUCCAUAGAUCCGGGACCUCCGGCGGGAACCUGGUCUCUCUGCUUUCCUUAUCCUGUGCAAAAGUAUCGUACUCGUAUUGCAAUCAUGCAUUACAAAUUUCUAUUUUAAGGCAAAUCCGCAUUACAAAUUUUCUCUCUCAAGCUGAGGAAAUUUGUAAUGCAUUUAUACGAGUACGAUACUUUUGCAGUUCAUAUUCCUGGCAGACGCCCGUCGCUGGGUACCGUGGUGCGGCUAGCGGAGCAGGGCCUCAACAUCAAGUAGAACAGCUGCCCGCGACUUCAACCACGACGGUUUUGCCCGAAGAGAGUAACUACACGACCGGUGCAGGAGGAGCAGCACCCCCCAGGGAAGCCGCUGCCGCUUCAUCGUCUGGUACAACGAACUAUUAUCUGCAGUCGCAACAUCAUACGCAAAGGAACCAACUUAGCAGAAAAAACUCGAACAGCUACCUGCGCCCGUCACCGCAGAAGCUCCACCUCGCGUCGCCGCACAUGGGAUUGCAAGCCAGAGCGCUCGUCGGUCGCGGGGGAGCUUCUGGUACUGGUCUACAACAGCUUCAGUCGCAGAGGACAGCGGCCCAGCAAGUAGUAGUACCGGGUGGUGCCACUAACGCUUCGUCGUCACUUCUGGCCGCGGGCACUAGUACAACGAUUGCUGACCAACAGCAAGCCGCUGCAUCUUCAAGUAGUGGAGUGGCCGUGCCGCCACCUGUUUCUGCUCCACAACCUGCGGCCUCGCAACAACAGCAACAUCAACCCCCACCUACCAUUCAUCCCAAGCAGGGAGCCCGCGAGAUCGAGGUGCGUGUUUCGCUGCCCCGACUGACGACCAGCAAGAACAGAAUAGUACAGGAAGCCGAGCACAUCAGCAUGAUUAUUUGGAGCACGGACACCGCGGCGCGCAUCGUUUCUGCCUGGAUUGAGGACCUACAUGCGCAGGGUCUGAGGGAAGCGCUUUCGGUAUCCUAGAUGAAAUCUGAAAAUCUAUACUUCAACGCCCGCAAUUGCACAUCGCGCAUAGGAUGAAAACUACUAGGUCCAGUUUUGCAUUUCAUACAGCUUGUAUGACUUUUACUUUUUCGAAUGUUUUGGCGCAGCCCCCGGCUGGCGGCGGGCGUAAUGCAAUUCGAAGUUCAGAUUCAUUCUGAGUGUUGAAGAUUUUCCAUCGCAUAUGCAGUCGCGCAGCACUUAGUUUUUCAAGUCUCGGAGGUGAUUUCCACGGACGAUACCGUCACGGAUUCGGUGCACGCAGCAACGCGCGUUAUGGACAAAACUGCGACCGUGACGGAAAAGAAGCAGUACAAAGUGGAGGUUUUAUCGAGCUUGGAAAACCAAACAAACCUCGAUGACAACCACGCGGCCACCAGCUUCGGGCCGACCGCAAUUUUGGCGGCAGAGUUCACUGGGAAGCUGCUCAUUGCAGAACAAAGUGUAGAAGUUGACAACAACAUGACAGCUCAGCAUGGCGCACGAGGUACAACAAACUCUGCUACAGCUCCGGCCGCAGCGGGGACAGAAGUUGCUGCGAAAAUGGCAACAUCGACCAAUUUCGGAGCUGUUCCCGCCAAUACUACUCAGCCGGCGUCUGUAGCGAGCUCCGUUGCCGCGCAGCCGACGGCGAGCAAGUCCCGGUUGAUGUACAACCAGCAACACAGCUUCACGCCGGGCUACCUGUCGCCCACGACUUUUUUCAAAGAUCACACCGCGACGACAAGCAAGAACCCGGGAGCACCAGGUGGGUUUGUGCACCCCAGUACUAUGAUGUUUCCGAACACAUCAAGCACGCCCGGCGCCACGCUCCGCACCAACCUGCAGCCGCAGAAACUCGGCGAACCGCAGCAGCAAGAGCCCCCUGCGCGCGGACGGUCGGGGGGCGGCCGCAAUGCUGGAGCUGGCGGAAACCACCAACCAGGAGCGACAGGACCAGCUGCCUCAUCCGGUGCUGCUAUGAACGGACGGUUGUCCGCGGCGAACCCCAAUCCCUGGCGAGGCCAGUACCGGUCGCCAUCCCCGAUUGCCGCCAUGCAAAUGACUUUGCAGCCACUCCGCCCCAUGUCGCCGCUCCGCCUGUGCCCCGAACCGGUCAGAAUGCGGUAAAGAAAUUUAGUACAACUGCUGCAUGAAAUAGAAGACGGGGCGUGGUUCCACAUCACACUGCCUCAGGCAUCUUGUGCAAUCAGGCCGCUGUAAUAUUCUACUUAAUACUUACUACCACCUUACUAGCUACGAAGCUACAGAAGUUGAACCGGAACUUGAGUAUAAACUAAACACGAUCAUUUUUCAACAUUAUCAUAAAAUAGAUUCCUAUUACUCUCCUGAGGCUAAGCCCGUAGUUUCUGACGGAGCUAGAAGGAGGAACUUACAGUUCGAUGAGUACGUACUGGCAGGAAAUAAUCAGAUCCAAAGCUACAUCAAUGUGAAAUGUAAAAUGCACCGUGGGUUCGGGUAAAAAAAAGCAAAGUAUGGGUUUUCUUUCACGGCACUUGCAAGCCGCCAGGCUCGAAUACUAUCUUAACAAACAGCCCGCUUGUAGUUGACCACUCUCGUACUAGGUUCGUACAUGAUGUGUAGUACAUCCUGCUCGACUUUUUAAGACAUGCGCCGCGCGUUGACUUUGCGAUUGCGAUCUCUUGCAAGACCAUUGUGGAUGAUGCAGCAAGGGCGAGUCAUAAGUACAGCUUUCCUGGUUAGCCUCAAUCCUUAUCCAGCUCCGCCUGCUUCGGAUCCUCCACAUCUAUACCCGACGAGGUGAAAUGAGCAUACUUACUUCAAUUUCUUUGUGUUGCUACGUCAAAAUGGUUCAAACAGCCCCCCUGUGUAAUAUGCUACUGCGCCGAGGGAGUCGAAGUGGUGUUGUUUGAAGCUGAAACUUCUACAGCUUUCACACCAAUGGUCGUGAUCACCAAGCCGAAGCCUGGAGCACCGCGAUCACAUGAAGUGCCCAUUAAAAUCUAAAUCGCAUUAGUGCGCAGCUUGGAACAUCUCAAGCUGAUGAAGACUGCUACGUGGGGCGAUAUUGACACAAAUCGAUACACGCACCACAACACCACCUUGUUUAUUGAGUAUCUGUGUAGCAGGUGGUCGUGGAAGCGUCUAGCAGUCCUGUCCGAGAAAGAGGAGCCGUCUGCCGCCAAGACAAGCUCUCAACACAUCGAAUGAUACUGUUUCCGUUACUGUUUAUAUGUUUUUAUGAAAAAGUUCAGGUUCAAGCUGCGUAAAGUACUUAAAAGUAAUAACAGGCGCUGUGAGGAAG